UGAACCUUAUUCUGGGCUACACUUUCUCCCCAUCCCAAUAGAUGUUAGUAUGAAAGGAAAAUAUUAAAAUAAUAUUAGCGUUUUUAUCUAAGGAGUAGCUCAGGUUAGGUUAGGUUUAGAUUCAUUGAGUUCAGUAAUUUCACUGUUUAUCCCUCCAUUGUGCAGAAUACGGAUUACGAUCUGAAAAGCAUUUUUUUUUCUUUUGCUGAGAAAUAAAUCACGGAGCGGCAGUGUCUAGAAUGGAAUAGCUAAAGUUAUUUCCAUAAUCCCAAUAUGAAAGUUUGACAGGAAAUAUCAAGAAGGCCAUGCAGGAAUCAAAGAAGCUUACUCUCUAGCUUCCUUGAUAAAAAAUAGUAACCCUUUCAUCAAAAACAGAGAUCAAGAUCAUUUGACAACGCGGUAUUUGUUUUGGGGAAGUUGGCGCGGCGUAUUGUUGUGGCGCCUAGGCUUUCUUUUUAAUGUAGGUGAUGAAGCAGCUCAAGGCAAAACACUUUAGUCUCCAAUGAAGUAGUGGAUGCCGUCGUAUUUCACCAGAACUGUGAUACGAGGACAAAAAGAGUCGUGGGGCGGUUUCCUCAAAUCUGGAUGAGUUUAAUGAAGCAUACAUUAUGAUCUCAUGUGGGGAUGCACCAAGAUUUUGUGCCUUUUGGGCGGGACUAUCUGGAACACCAUCCUGGGGAGGUUGGACUGCCUCCUCCACGGCCCAGCCAGGUCCCUCCUCACAUUGACCUCCUGAGACAGCUGGACACAGUCUCCAUUAAUGGCUCAAAGGAAUGGUGGGAUGUACGCCACAGCAAAGAUGGAUUGACAGAGGAAGAGCUUUAUGUCAGUGGCUCCAGAGUUGUGUGGUCACGAGGCCAAGCAGGGCGAAUCGGAUCACGCCAAGUUGUCAAAUGUAUGACAUGUGACUCCACGGUAGUACAUGCUAUGUUUGCUACAUUUUACACCUAUCCUGACCAGCCACCUUUGCUUGGAGAACCUGUGCCAGAAGAACCUACAGGUGAUGCUCUUCCUAGUAUCUGUAUUGUGGAGAAUGACUGCCUCACCAUUAUUACGGAAGAUGGAGAUGACUAUUCUGUGGCUCUUCCAUUCCCGGUAAGGAAAGUGUGGCCAGUCAAGUAUGGAAUCCUGCUGGAACGACAAGUGAUGGCCUCAGAGAUUGCCUCUCAAAAGAGUGAGGGUGAAAGUUUGCCAACAUUUUAUAGUUUACUUCACCCACUGGAUGAAAUAAAUCCCUUGCUCUACAGAGCAGGCUUCAGUGGUUCAUCUCAUCCUUCUUACAUGAGUGACCUAGCACAGCAGGCUGUGUUCAUGUCUCAGGACCCGUCCAUCUGCAUUCUUUACAAUUCUGUCAAUAACAGUCACACCAUAUGGAAAAUACGAAGAGCCAAGACAGAGGAAAACAACCUCAUAUUUCAAAGUGGAGUUCAACCCAGCCUUAACAAUACGCCUAUCACAUCUCUGCUGUCCAGUGCUGCCUCCUACACUCAAUUACACUCAUACUCACAUUCCCAUUCAUUCUCCCAGAACCACUCCAACAUGACCUCCCCUACCACUCAGGUGCCUGUGCACACUCCAACUCCUGCCACUUCCCGCACUAGAACAUUAUUUCCCACUCCAAUGAUCACACCAAAACUCCAACAUUCUCAGACAGCUAGAAGUCACAUGGCAACACUGAGCCGAACCCAGUCACCAUCAGUGUUUGGUGGACAACACAUGCGCCUUGCCAUGAGCCCCUCCCCCUGUCGCUCCCCUGGACACCGUACUCCUCGAGCAUCACAACUGACAUCCCUGAAUGAAACGCUUAUUGAGCCAGAACCCCUUGUGCCAGACAUUUGUCUUGAUCACUUGUGGACAGAUCAUUCUCUUGGUCGAGCCACCAGGGCAUUCCUAACAGAAGACCAUGUUGAACAGAAAUAUCUGUGCUUGAUGCUUUCACAAGCAGGAAUACUACGUUGCAUCAAGUAUGAUUAUGCAAAUGAUCAGUCAGGUUUGGUCUUUGGCUCUGUUUCUUCAAUACCUGCUAAAGAUGCUCGUCCAUUGAGAGCAUUGAAAAUGAUGAUAGUUGUUGACAGUAAUAACAGUUUGCUGCUCUACACUGGAACUGUUCAUGUCAGUCGCAUUAACAUCAGUGGAUUACCUGCGUUUAAUUCAUCUUUAUUUAAGGACUUCUCCUCACUCAACAUAUCUUCUCAUCUUCAAAGCCCUGCCACAACACCACUGCGAAGGUCAGGUCUUCUAACCUCGAGCCGGCCACCUUCAUCUGCUGAUGCAAAGUUUGAUGUUGGACUAUCACCAGUGGUGACUGAGAAAAUGCACAUUGAGACUUCCUUUGCUGAGGAUCCUGGUUUACCGCUUUCUUCUGCCAUUGUUGCUCUCAGGGAUGCAACAGAUACUCGGAUAACUCUUGAACAUGCUAAUGGCAAUCUGUACAGAAUAACUCUUCCAGAAAUGACAUCUUCUCCACUUGUACGCCAUUCCCUUGCUGCAUUGAAGUUCAUAUUGCCAUUGGAUGCAGCACUUCAAUUAAUCAACAAAUGGUAUGCAACAAGGAAUGCACCAGGCUCGGAUGAUUUUUCUCCUCAGGGUGAAUGGAUUUUAUUUUCAAUGAUGAUGCUAUCCAUGAUAGGAUAUGACACUGAUAAGCUUGCUCUGACUUAUCCAGUUGAAACAUCAGAUGCAUUUAGUCCUUUGGUUGCAUCAAAAAAGUUUCGAGCUGCAGACAGUGGCUCUGAUAAUGACUGGGAGUAUAUCUUGUCUUCUCCUUUACAUGUUGCUGCUGGGAGCAGUCUCAGUGAAAUGCUUGGCCUACAGAAAGUAGGUGUUGUACAGAAGCAGCAGGAAGUUAGCAGGGGAACAGUCAAUGUUAAUGCACCUUUAUUUUCCUAUCUACCAUCCAUACACUUUGCCCUCCAUUUAGUGUAUGAAGACUUCAAGUUAAAUUCUUUACAUUGGGAGUUCUGCAACUUGCUUGUCCCUUGUCUUGAUCAGCUUGCUGCAGACCUGAGAGCCCCACAAUACCUUCAUCAUUACUGGAGAGAUUUUCCUACUGUGUGUCCUCUACAAGGACCUCAUCCUCAAGUUCCACUGACAGAAUCACUAAAACUUGUGCGCCCAGCCUAUGUUACCCGGCAACCACCACAAGUGUUGAAACAUUUGUAUGAUAUCAUGGAAGGUGCAGAACCCAAACCUUUCCCAUGUAUUCCACACGUAUGCACAACUACCAAGAAUCUAGUUUUAUUGUAUUCAGUUGCAGCUGCUGAUUGUCACUUGCAAGAUAUUCCUGUGGAAAGAUUUUUGAACUGCAUCAGUCCAAACAACCACAAAUUUUUUGCUCCAAGUUUUCUUCCUUUGAGUACUAUCCAGAAUACUGAUAGAAGACCUAAUAUUCAUGAAAAAAUAGUACUUCUUACAGAUGAACUGGGCUUAACAGUAAGGGAUAUUCAACUCCUUUCACCAGGAGUAUCACUUCUUCUAAUGAAUGCUCAGCAUAUGUGUCGAAUGUGGCCCCCUGAAAAUUGGCCAGCCUCAGCUUACAAUCUUAUUCACAGACCUGACUUAGUAGCACAGAGGGAUACUGCUGCUAAAAAUGAAGACACUGACAAUGGGAGGCUAAAAGAUCCCUUUAACAUUAAAGUACGGUGUCAUCGUGACCAGGAUUUAGCGCAAGAAGUUAAGAAAACAUCCCAUUUGUCAAAAGAGGAUGAGGAUGGCAUGGAGACCCUGGAUACAGACAUGCUGGCUCUCAGAUGGAUUGAAGACCAGAGAAUAACUGAGGUUCGGCGUAUGCUUUGUUCCUCCAAAGCAGUGACCAUUAACAUUGUACAACGGCCAGAGGUAUCUGAUCAUGACUUCCUUGAAGAACAAGAGCGACAUUUGUAUGCUCUUUGUAUCAGAACUAUGGCACUGCCUGUUGGACGAGGAAUGUUUACAUUGUGUACUUCUGCACCAGUAAUUACAGAAACUCUUCCAAUUCCUAAACUCAACCUUUCAGGUAAAGCUCCCCCAAGAGGCACAACUAUUGAUCUCUCAAAUAUUGAAGUACCUCCAAACAUGGACAUGUGGCCACAUUUUCACAAUGGUGUUGCAGCAGGACUCAAGAUUGCACCUAAUUGUGGAGAAAUUGACUCCACCUGGAUUGUGUACAACAAACCAAAAGGAUCUCUUGAUAGCCCAACAGAGCAUGCAGGAUUCCUAAUGGCACUUGGACUCACAGGUCAUCUCCGGAAUCUGGUGACUGUCAAUAUGCAUGACUAUUUAGCUCGUGGGCAAGAAAUGACAUGUGUUGGGCUCUUGCUGGGUAUGUCGGUAGCCAAGAGAGGAACAAUGGACAUUCAGACCACUAAACUCCUUAGCGUCCACUUAGAAUGUCUCUUGCCUCCAACAUCAACAGAAUUAGAUGUGCCACAUACAGUUCAGGUUGCAGCCAUCAUAGGUGUUGGUUUAGUGUAUCAGGACACAGCCCAUCGCCACAUAGCUGAGGUCUUGAUGCAGGAAAUAGGUCGUCCUCCAGGCCCUGAAAUGGAAAAUUCAAAUGAUCGAGAGUCCUACUCAUUGGCAGCUGGAUUAGCACUUGGCCUUGUGAUGUUUGGAAGAGGUGGAGAGGCAGCAGGUUUUACUGACCUGAAUAUUGCUGGAGAGCUCUAUCACUACAUAGAAGGUGGACAUAAGAAGCCACUAUUUGGCAUACACAGGGACAAAUAUAAGUCACCCAGCUACCAGAUAAAGGAAGGAGACUGCGUGAACAUCGAUGUCACUGCCCCAGGAGCCACCUUAGCUCUGGGGAUGAUAUAUUUUCAAACCAAUAACCGUGCCAUUGCUGAAUGGAUGGUUGCACCAAACACUCCAUAUCUGUUGGAUCAGGUACGGCCUGACUUCCUGUUGCUGCGAACAGUGGCUUUAGGUCUCAUCAUGUGGGAUGAAGUGGUGCCCAGUGCUGAAUGGAUAGAGAGUCAUGUUCCACCCUCAGUUCUGACUCAUAUUCAUCGGGGAGGAAAUCAGUCUACUCCUGGUAUAGAUUAUGAAUCAAUGCAUCAGGCUUUCUACAAUAUACUGGCUGGUUCUUGCAUGGUCAUAGGAUUGAAAUUUGCUGGAUCUGCUAAUAAUGAAGCCUUCCAGAUACUGUGGAAGUACACACGCAUGUUUACCAACUUCACAAAGAGGAGUGUAGCUGAACUAGCUGGUAAAUCCACCAUAGAGACUUGUUUGAAUGUGAUCCUGUUGAGCUUGUCUAUGGUGAUGGCUGGCACAGGGGACCUGGAUGUGCUACGUAUUGUGCGUUAUCUCCGCUCCAGAGUGGGGCCCUCAAACUCAACAGUGGGGUAUGGCUCCCAUUUGACCAUCCACAUGGCUCUUGGAUUCCUGUUCCUAGGUGGUGGCCGCUUUUCCCUGUCCACCUCCAACAUGGCCAUUGCUGCUCUCCUCAUUGCUUGCUUCCCAAAGUUCCCAACACACUCCAAUGAUAACCGCUACCACUUGCAGGCAUUGCGGCACUUGUAUGUUUUGGCAGCAGAACCAAGACUCUUGAUGCCAGUUGAUGUGGACACAGGGAGACUUUGUCAAGUCAGUGUCACUGUUAGAUUCAGUGACACCAAGCAGUACAAGAAUCAAUCAUAUGAGGCCUUAGCACCACUGAUGCUGCCUGAACUCUCCAAAUUGUCUGAGAUUAUCAUUGAAGGAGAUGCCAGUGACCACCGGUACUGGCCUGUCAGAUUUUCAAAUGGCAACAAGUCAUGGAGCAUUCUGGAAGCACUACUGAGGUGUGGUGAUGGGCUUGCUGUCAAACUAAAGGAUGGCCGCUAUCCCUAUGGUGCUGCUCCCUCAGGACUCCAGGUCAAGCUGGCUCACCUCCUUACACAGGACGACUCAGCUCGCUGGACUAUUAAGAGUUCUGUGCUGGAAGAAGUGAGUGGAUGUUCAGCAAGGCUUGUUCACAGUAUGGUUGGUGGGGCAGUACCUGCCAGCUCACCUGUCAGCAAGGGCUCAUCAAGUGUGUCUACACCAGAACCAUCAAAGAUGGAUGAUGGAGAUGCAGCUUUUACGCAGGCACUUGUUACCAUUAUAUAUGAGUAUUUAUCAGUAGGGAAACCUCAGGCAAUAACCAACUGGCUUGCUGCACUCCAAGGUGUGAGAAGAAUUUCCAACUUAAGUCAGCGAGCCGGUCUGCUGCUGUGGCACGUAAAGCUGAUAGUUCGAGCGGCACACUUUAUGCACAACCUUAAUAAAGAAAACAGGGAUUGCUCUUCCCAUUUUGAGAACACCACAAAGGGGAAAACCAGGCCUCUUGUUUCUGCUGAACAAGCUUUGUCAUUGAGCAAGCGAUUGGAACUUGUUAUUGAUACAUGGCUUGAAGAGACGCAAGAGGAGGUGGUGCGAUACCUGAAGGGAGACACUGACAAGCAGUACUCUGCCAAGUGUGCUUUUACACUUGUAAUGCUUCACCUUCCUGCAUUUACUGACCUGCCAUCUACUAAAGAUUACUUGGACCCUCUUCCUUUGAUUGCUGUUUUAAGGAAAGCUCAAGUGCAGCCUGCUGCUGUGUCAUCUCUUGUAAAGAUACUUUUCAAUUCUCAUUGACGAAAUCAGUGCAAUAUUGAAAGUCCCUUUAUAUUCACAACAAUUUUAUCAUAUGAAACAUGUAUGGAAAUUACUUGAAAUUUUUUAUUGAAGAAAAUCCCAGUCAUAUGUUGUUAUUUGAAGAAACAUAAAUGCAGCCUAUAAAACAGAUUGAAUUUCAUUGAUCACUUGUGCUAUGGAAAAUGCCACAGAAAAACCUGUCCUUCAGUGCUUAUCCAGCAUUAAACAAGAAAAAUUAUUUGUAUUACCAAUGUUUUUUUUUUUUUUUCUUAUAUCUAUAUUUAGUACAUUUUGGCAAGUAAUAAAGCCUUGCUAAAA